GUACUAAUGUAAUUGAUUGGGAUCUUGCUUAUAAAGCUUUAAUCAAAGAUGCAGAAGUAGAUCCAAAUGAACGCGGAUUAUACGAAGGUCGAGCAUUCUUGGUAUAUUAUAAACGAUAUGGCUAUAUACCUUACUUGGAAAAAUUUUUAGGAAUAUAUGCUUAUUGUCCUUGCAGCAGAACUAUGGAGUAUUCUGCUAAUGAUUAUAGUAUCAGUCUUGUUUCUAAAGAGCUAGGUAAAUAUGAUGAUUAUAUUAAAUACAGAAAACGAGCGAGAAAUUGGGAGAAAUUAUGGAAUUUCGAUAAGAUUUUUAAUGGCACGAAAGGAUUUAUCAUGCCAAGAUAUAAAAAUGGUACAUAUCGUGACUUAAACGUUUUAAAAGAAGCUGGAUCCUAUUAUCCAUAUUACGAAGGUUCUGCAUGGGAAUAUAGUUUGGAUGUACCUUUUGAUGUAAAAAGAUUAAUUGAAUUAAUUGGUGGUCAAAAAAUCUUUGAAGAACGACUUGACAAAACAUUUUCUGAUAAAUCCUAUCAAACUGGUUACUAUAACAUAGGAAAUGAACCUGAUUUUUUUCACAUUUGUUUAUAUCAUUUUAUUGGAAAACAAUAUAAAAGUGUUGAUGUUAUAAGGGAUAUUUUAAGAACUAA